UGGUGCCCAGUGGUCGCGUUUCGCGCAAAUCUUCAGUGCAAAUUUGGAACGUGAUAAUUACUUUUUUGAAUUCCAAGUGCAAAUAAAUACAAGUGCUAUUUUCGUGAGACAAAGUCAACUCAAUAUAUAAAAGAUGGAGAUGCAGCUGCAGUGGAAAUGUUGGAUGAUGAUCUUCCUGAUCGGACUGCCGGGAUUUGGAACUGGCUACCGAAUACUCUUCAUGGGACCUUUUCCUGCCCCAAGUCAUUGGCUCUGGCUGGAGCACUUCCAAAAGGAUCUUCUGCGUCAGGGACACCAUGUGACCAGUGUAAAUAAUCAUCCGACCAAGCAGCCUCACGAGAAUCUAACGGAGAUUAUAAUCAGUCCUUCUUUUGAUAUCCCCAAGCACUUUCCAAAGGAAAACAUCUUUACAAUGCGAUUCGCCAGCGAUUUCAACAAUCUAGAUCUUUAUUGGACCGUUGGACUCUUGACCACAGAACAUGCUUUAAGGGAUCCCAAAGUGAAAAAACUGAUCGAGAGUACAGAUGAACAUUAUGAUAUAGUCAUUUUGGAACAGUUUUUCCACGAGGCCUUCCUGAUGUUUGGCAAGAAGUUUAACUGUCCGGUGGUUACGAUUGGCACCAUGGGCUAUGCCGACAAUAUAGAUCACGCGAUGGGCAUCCUAACCCCUUGGUCUUUGAUUCCCCAUCUUCUGUUGUCGCAUACAGAUCGGAUGACCUUCAGUCAGCGGGCCUAUAAUGCCUACUUAUCUAUGUAUGAUGCGAUCAUGAGGCGAUGGGUUUACUUACCUAAGAUGCAGCAGCUGGCAGAGAAGUAUUUCAAGGGAUAUAUUGAUGGCCCAAUACCUCAAGUUGUUGACCUUGAACGAAAUAUCUCCCUUGUCCUCAUUAAUGCGCAUCGUAGUGUGGAUCUUCCGAGACCCAGUAUGCCAGGACUUGUCGACGUGGGAGGAGCUCACAUUCAGAAGCCCAAGAAGUUGCCCGCUGACCUUCAAAGCUUCCUGGAUAAUGCCACAAACGGAGUGGUCUAUUUCAGUAUGGGUUCCUAUGUGAAGAGCACUGAUCUGCCGCCCGAGAAGACAGCUCUGAUACUCAAGGCAUUCGGUCAGCUUAAACAGCAAGUGAUAUGGAAGUUCGAGAAUGAUUCAAUAGGGGACUUGCCCUCUAAUGUGAUGAUCAAGAAGUGGAUGCCCCAGAACGACAUAUUGGCCCAUCCGAAUGUCAAGCUCUUCAUCACCCAUGGCGGUAUUUUCGGGACCCAGGAGGGCAUCUACUGGGGCGUGCCGAUGCUGUGCAUACCCCUGUAUGGAGAUCAACACCGGAAUACGAUCAAAUCGGUGCGGGAGGGAUAUGCCAGAUCUCUGGUGUUCUCCAAACUCACCACCGAUGAUUUGGUGCGGAAUAUCGAGACUCUGAUUAAAGAUCCGCAGUACAAACGCAGUGCAUUGGAGGUCUCACAGCGCUUCCGCGAUAAUCCCAUACAUCCGCUGGACGAGGCCACCUUCUGGAUCGAGUACACAAUCCGGCAUCGCGGUGCCAAGCAUUUGAAAUCGCAGGGCGCCUUCAUUCCCCUCCAUCAGUAUCUGUUGCUCGACGUCCUGGGAUGUCUGCUGCUGGGCGCAUUCCUCGCCAUCUGGCUACCAUGGCGGAUGAUCAGGAGGGUCCACAAGUGGUGGCUCAAAGGGCAGGUCUCCGACAAACUGAACGAAGGCAAGAAGCGGCUGUAGGAAACGGCACAUCCCUUAACUAGUCGCAGCGAUAAAUAUUUGUGAUAUAUUUUUAGAUCACAAGGUAAACAGUGCUAGAGGUUGAUUGAUUUUAAUCUAUUCCAGUUUAGAAUGUAAUUAUAUUAAAAUGUAGAGCUCAACCACAAUGAA